CUUAUUCUCUUCAAACCAUCUUCUUCACCAACUAACUUUGCAUCUCUGUUUUCUCUUUCGAAAAUGAAGAACAUGAACACGAACAUAAAGACCAUUGCAUUGAUCGUUGUAAUAGCCUUUUCUGUGUUGUCUUCAAGCUGCACUGCCACACGUGUCAGCCUCGGGAGGAAACUCAAAGCAGCUUCUGCUACUUUUAAUGUAUUGGACUAUGGUGCCAAAGGUGAUGGUCAUGCAGAUGAUACAAAGGCCUUUGAAGGAGCAUGGGAAGCUGCUUGUAAGGUGGAGGGUUCAACAAUGGUUGUUCCAUCUGGUUCUGUAUUUUUGGUGAAACCAAUCUCUUUCUCAGGUCCUAACUGUGAGCCAAACAUUGUUUUUCAGUUAGAUGGAAAAAUCAUUGCACCUACAAGCUCUGCAGCUUGGGGCUCUGGCACCCUGCAAUGGCUUGAAUUUACAAAGCUUAGAAAGAUCACAAUAAGAGGUAAAGGUGUCAUUGAUGGCCAAGGCUCUGUUUGGUGGAAUGACUCACCCACUUCCACAGAAGUCAUGCUGGAAAGCAGUGGAAGACUUCCAAGCACAAAACCAACAGCCCUGAGGUUCUAUGGAAGCGAUGGUGUAACAGUGACAGGAAUAACAAUUCAGAACAGCCAACAGACACAUCUGAAGUUUGAUUCAAGCACAAACGUUCAAGUGUUUGAUAUAAACGUUUCAUCACCUGGUGAUAGCCCCAACACUGAUGGAAUUCAUCUGCAGAACUCACAGAAUGUGGUCAUCUACAGCAGCACACUUGCUUGUGGUGAUGACUGCAUAUCGAUUCAAACUGGUUGCUCAGACGUAUAUGUUCAUAACGUGAAUUGUGGACCUGGCCAUGGAAUCAGUAUUGGAAGUCUUGGCAAAGAGAACACCAAAGCCUGUGUUAGAAACAUCACUGUUCGAGAUGUCACAAUCAAGAACACCCUCACUGGUGUUAGAAUCAAAACAUGGCAGGGAGGCUCCGGCUCGGUCCAAAACAUAAUGUUCUCAAACGUGCAAGUUUCUGGAGUUGAAACUCCCAUCUCCAUCGAUCAAUACUAUUGUGAUGGUGGAAAAUGCGGGAAUGAGUCAUCAGCAGUGGCAGUGUCAGGCAUACAGUAUGUGAACAUAAAAGGAACAUACACAAAAGAGCCAAUUUAUUUUGCAUGCAGUGAUAGCUUACCAUGCACUGGCAUAACCCUUGACACCAUUCAGCUACAAUCAUCUCAAAACCCUAACAAUGUACCCUUUUGUUGGGAAGCAUUUGGAGAAUUGAAGACCAAAACAGUCCCUCCUGUUGAAUGUCUUCAGAGUGGAAACCCUUCAAAAUCAGGAUUUGCUUCCAACAUUGAUUCUUGCUGAUCAUUUAUCACCACUAUACUAUGUUAGGGUUACAUAGAUCAAUAUAAUACAUCAUAGAAAGUUGUUCUUAGUGGUUGCUUAUCAUGAUAUAUAUGUUAAUAGUAGUUCAUAUAUUCUUGUAUUAUAUGUAAUUUGGGUGAGGAUUUAGAAGCCUAUAUAUAUACAUUUAGAUUGAAAGGUUUAUGAUGUAGAAAAAAUGUGUUU